AUGACACAGGCCGCGAAAGAUGCCGGCAAAUUCCUGAAGAGCACACUUCGCCUACCGUCGUCGACGUUCCCUCCGCGGCCGAAGCCCGCAGACAUUGCCCGCUACCUCCCAAGAUGCACAGAUGACCUGUAUGCCUGGCAGCGCCGGGAACGGCCUACAGCGAACACGUUCGUCCUGCACGAUGGACCGCCGUAUGCGAACGGGGAGCUGCACGUCGGCCACGCACUGAACAAGAUCAUCAAGGACAUGAUCUGCCGCUCCAGGCUUGCGGAGGGGAGACGGGUCGACUAUGUGCCCGGCUGGGACUGCCACGGGCUGCCGAUCGAGCUGAAGGCGUUGGAACAGCACGGCUGGGAACGUGGGCAAGGCGUCGACCCGGUCGCGAUCCGGAAAGCCGCGAGGAAAUUCGCCUACAAGACGGUGGAGAAGCAGAUGGCGGGCUUCCGGUCAUGGGGCGUCAUGGGCGACUGGAAGAACCACUGGAAGACGAUGGACAAGAGCUUUGAGAUGCGCCAGUUGGCCGUGUUCCAGGCAAUGGCGCAGCACGGGUUGAUCUACCGCAAGCACAAGCCGGUGUAUUGGUCGCCCUCGUCCGGGACUGCUUUGGCGGAGGCAGAGCUCGAAUACCAGGACGACCACGUCUCGACGGCGGCGCUGGUCAAGUUCCCCUUGGACGCUUCGAGUUUCCUCUCGGCCGAUGAGCCGGUCAGUGCUCUCAUCUGGACUACUACGCCGUGGACGCUGCCUGCGAACCAAGCCAUAGCAGUUCACUCCUCACUACAGUACAGUCUCGUGAGGUCAGACACGUUCGGACUGCUCAUCGUCGCGGCUGCUAGAGUACCCUACCUGGCGGAAACCAUUGGAGAGCAGGUAAAGGUCGUUGUGGAGUCUCUACCGAUCGACAAGCUUCUGCGAAGCACUUAUUCGGGUCUGAGCGAGUUUGGGGAAGGCGCUGCAAACAGACCGAUCGUCCACGCGGACUUUGUGUCUGCCCAGAGCGGUACGGGUCUUGUCCACUGUGCUCCUGGUCAUGGUAUGGAAGACUACGAAGCUCUGCAGCCUUUGAUCCAAGCCUCCAAGGUGUCCGUGAGAGCGCCGCUGGAUAAUCUAGGUCGUUUCGAUGACACGGCCUCUCCCUGCAACCCCGGCCUGCUGGCUGGGAAAUAUGUGUUCAAAGAAGGAAACCGGGCGGUUCUGGAGCUGUUGCAGGAAAACGGGCUUCUCGUCCACCAGCAUGAGUACAAGCACAAAUACCCCAUUGAUUGGAGAACCAAGGAGCCUGUCAUCAUCCGCGCCACAGCGCAGUGGUUCGCCGAUAUCUCCAAGAUCAAGAAUGACACCAUGCACGCCCUGGACGCGGUUCACUUCCUGCCGGAAACAGGAAAAAGCCGCCUAAGGAGCUUCGUGGAGAACAGAAGUGAGUGGUGCAUCUCACGGCAGCGAGCCUGGGGAGUUCCCAUUCCAGCGAUCUACCACAAGGUUACUGGCGAAGCUGUGCUGACGCCAGAGAGUAUUGGGCAUAUCAUCAGAGUCAUUAAUGAAAGGGGAAUCGAUGCCUGGUGGUCUGACGUACCGGACGAUCCACGAUGGGUGCAUCCUGGGUUGUCUCCCAACUCCUCCGAUUAUGUCCGUGGCAUGGACACGAUGGACGUGUGGUUCGAUAGUGGUACGAGCUGGACAUUCAUGCGUCGCGAUAAGGAAGGGUUGCUCGACCAUCGCGCUCAAUCAGCACCUCUGGCAGAUGUUUAUGUGGAGGGAACCGAUCAGCACAGAGGCUGGUUCCAGUCGAGCCUUCUUACCAAUGUAGCUUACCAGAAGUCAUCGCAACCGAGUACGGCCUCGGACUCGCCGUCUUGUCAUGCCCCGUUCCGGACCCUCGCUACGCACGGCUUCACAUUGGACGCGCACGGCAAGAAGAUGAGCAAAUCUCUGGGCAACGUGAUUGCCCCUGCGGAGAUCAUUGCCGGCAUCCAGCCGGCUUCCAAGACAGUCUCGGCUCCAGCGAAGGCGCCACAACAGACCAAGGGCAAGAGGGAGCAUCAUCCGCUAGGACCCGACGCGCUGAGAAUGUGGGUUGCAAGCAGCGAAUGGACUAAGGACGUCGUGAUCAGUGACAAGGUCGUCAGUUCUGUCCACAAUGCUCUCGACAAGUACCGUCUUACGAUGAAGAUGUUGCUGGGCAUGUUGGGAGAUUUCGAUCCACAAAGGCUCGUCCCAUAUGACAAGAUGUCUCGCCUUGACCAGAUUGCGAUGCUGCAGCUCUACAUCUCCUGUCACUCUGUGCGAAAGGCAUAUCCUGAUCUGGAAUUUCACAAAGCCGCUUCCGCCAUCUAUCGAUGGGUAGCCACCGAUUUGUCAAGUUUCUACUUCGAGGCAAUCAAGGAUAUCAUCUAUUGUGAGAAGCCCGGAAGUGACAGGCGGCUGAGUGCUCAGACAGCGCUACAUCAUAUUCUAUGUCAGUUGCAAAACAUGCUCGGACCGAUCACGCCGCUUCUGGUGGAGGAAAGCUGGGAACACAGCUCGGAGAAAUAUAAAGCUGUGCUCGACCACCCCCUGAAGCGGAUGUGGGCCUACCCGCCAGAAGAAUGGUAUGAUGAGGCACUGGAGCAGGUCAUGCCAACAGUCAUGGCUAUCAACUCAAGCGUCAAAGCCGCUCAAGAAACGGCUCGCAAGGAGAAGCUCAUGGGACAGUCGCUUGCGUCGGAUGUCAAGAUCCACCUAGAGACAGGCAUUGACCUGUCCAGCAUUCCCAAAGAGACCUUGAAAGAGAUCUUGGUGGUGUCUGAAGUAGAAAUACUUAUGGGGGAAGAUGUCGACAAUGCCGAUGAUCGGACGAGCGCCGACUUAGGCCAAGAGUGGACACGCUCGAGUGAGAUUGUGUCGUCCGAAGGGAAGAGACUUGGGAUAGUCCACGUUACCAACGCUCGUGGUGCAAAGUGUGCUCGAUGCUGGAAGUAUGUGGUCCCCCGUGAGACAUUGUCCAAGCCUGGGGCGCAGGAUAUCGAAAACCCCCACCUGUGUGGACGUUGUACAGAGGCUGUGGCGGAAUAUCAAAAGUAG